CUCUCCCUGGCAGAUUUGCAGUGUAUGUGUGUGCUGCUUUCUUCUUUCCCUUUUAGCUUCCCCCCCUCCCCAGAUUCUUGCCGCUGGAAGUGGUGCUGGUGCAUCAGCCGUGGGCUGGGGGUCUGCCGCCACAAGACGUGCAAAGCGGAUCCCAUUUCUUAAAUAUUCAUUCUCCCAGCCUGGCGGAAUGUAUCAUUGCAGCCAAUGUACCUGGUAGGGGGUGGGGGGCACAACGGGACUAUUCCAUUUGCAACAAAGACGGGAGAUUGAGGGGGGAAUGGCAGAGAUGUGUUCACCAAAGAAGCCAAAUUUUGGAAACAGUUCGUUAUUUAAUUUAACAUUUUUUCAUCACAAAAUGAUCGUGUGGAUAUUCCUGCUGUAUCCCCUCAUCCAAUGUACUGUUCAAAAAGAAGAUGAAGAUUAUGAAGAUGCGCCAUCUAAUAAGACAUGGCUAUUGACAAGAAAAUUCCAUGAUAAUGAUGUGACCUCUAUUUUAAAUGGACUUCUCAAGGGGUAUGACAACAAGCUCAGGCCUGAUAUUGGAGUAAAACCUACAGUAAUUCAUACGGAUAUGUAUGUUAACAGCAUUGGACCAGUAAAUGCUAUCAAUAUGGAAUAUACCAUUGAUAUAUUUUUUGCACAAACCUGGUACGACAGACGUCUGAAGUUUAACAGCACGAUAAAAGUGCUUCGGUUGAACAGUAAUAUGGUCGGUAAGAUCUGGAUACCAGACACAUUUUUCCGCAACUCCAAGAAAGCAGAUGCUCACUGGAUAACAACCCCAAACCGGAUGCUAAGGAUAUGGAAUGAUGGAAGGGUACUUUAUACACUUAGGCUUACAAUAGAUGCUGAGUGUCAACUGCAGUUGCAUAACUUUCCAAUGGAUGAACAUUCGUGUCCUCUUGAGUUUUCAAGCUAUGGCUACCCAAAGGAAGAAAUCAUCUACCAGUGGAAGCGUAGCUCGGUGGAAGUGGGAGACGUGCGCUCAUGGAGAUUGUAUCAGUUCUCAUUUGUUGGACUACGAAACACAACAGAAGAAGUAAAGACAACCUCAGGGGACUAUGUUGUAAUGGCAGUAUACUUUGAUCUGAGCAGAAGAAUGGGUUAUUUCACGAUACAGACUUAUAUACCUUGCACACUCAUUGUUGUUCUGUCCUGGGUGUCUUUUUGGAUUAACAAAGAUGCUGUUCCAGCUAGAACAUCUUUGGGUAUCACAACUGUCCUCACAAUGACCACGCUGAGUACCAUUGCUCGGAAAUCUCUACCCAAGGUGUCCUAUGUGACAGCUAUGGACCUCUUUGUCUCGGUCUGCUUCAUCUUUGUAUUUUCUGCCUUGGUGGAAUACGGAACUCUCCAUUAUUUCGUCAGUAACAGAAAGCCAAGCAAGGACAAAGAGAAAAAGAAGAAGAAUCCACUUCUCUGGAUGUUUUCGUUCAAGGCACCUACUAUUGAUAUCCGUCCACGUUCGGCAACUAUUCAGAUGAAUAAUGCCACGCACUUGCAAGAGAGAGACGAAGAGUAUGGCUACGAGUGUCUUGAUGGUAAAGAUUGCGCCAGUUUCUUCUGCUGUUUUGAGGAUUGCCGAACUGGUGCCUGGAGACAUGGAAGAAUACAUAUUCGUGUUGCAAAAAUUGACUCCUACUCCCGAAUUUUCUUCCCAACUGCUUUCUGCUUGUUUAAUUUGGUCUAUUGGGUAUCGUACCUUUAUCUAUAAAGAAAACACAAAACAGAAAUCUACCAUGGAAAUGGAUACGCAACACAGGCCAUAUAAAACGUAAAAUAUUGAAUUUAUGAAGUAAUAUGGUUUGUGUAUCACACCAAUGCACAUUGUAUCUUUUUAUUAAAUUUACUGAGUGCCAUAAGUUAGUAUUACUCAUCAGACGGUGGAGCUUUCAGAUGUUGUUUAAGUCUUUAACACUGCAUAUGCAUUAUAAGAAAAUCGAUUUACAGUAAGGAUGAGCAUAUCAAAAGCUUCCGUGGCAAUGCAGUAUGGUACAGACACCGUCCCACCAUAAUAACUUGCUGUGUUAAGGUAUCAUUCCAUUUCAAUAAUAGUACGUAUAACAUUGACAUACUAUUAACCCUUGUCUACAGGAGCUAAGCUGAAAACAAUUUUUCUAACAUUAAAAACUACUCACUAUCCAGUUGGGGAGCACGUGUAAACUGAUGUAUAUAUUUUAUUAUCUUAAACCCUGUAGCACAUACUGUAAUUUAAUGCAUGCAUUCCUUGGGGCCAACAUACAGCAAAGGUACUAUGCCAUACAGUGUUAUGUUUUCUUUAUAUGUCUACCUGUGCUAUUUUAGGUAAAUGAUGGUUCGAAUUCACCUCAGCCAUAGUUAUCUAUGUUCUCUUGCAUGAAAACUGGUUUCUUCUGAACUUUCCUGGGUACUAUUACAUAAGGUAUGCCUUAAGGAUAUGAACACAAUUAAUCUGCUUUUCUGGAACCAUCUUUUUUUCAGUAUCUCAAAAUAUCUGCCAAAUGGAAGAGCCAAGCAGUAGAAGAUAAUGUUUUUUAUUAUUAUUAUUAUUAUUAUUAUUAUUAUUAUCCUUUUGGUUAUCUACAAUGGUCAAGAUGUAACAGGGUCAUAGAUAACCUUCGGUGCAUGAUGUCGGAUGAUCUUGGAAGUUUUUUAAAGUGACAAUCACUUACAAGGCAUGUCUGAGAUCAACCGGUAUCCCGCACCUUUGGCGAUCUUGAACCUUAUUACAUCUCACCCUCUAUAUGUACUGAUAUAGACUUUUGUUUACUAGUGGAAAAGGGACAUCUAGCAGCACCACAGCUCUUAGUUUGUAAGAAGCUAACAUGUAUUAAGAAAUCUAUUUAACUGUGUAUGUGUCUGAAAAAUAGCAUUACUUGUAAGUGCUUAGAAGUUGGGAUGCGGAAUACUCUAUCAGCAAGUAGCGUCUUUGCAGAUUACCAAUACAAUCACUUACUUUCAUGUGAACUGUCUUGGGGCAGAAGUAAGGUAGUCAAGAUUUUUUCUUAAUAUGAAAAAUGUUUGACAAAGGAAUUCUAACUAAAGUACUGUGAAUAUUUAAGGAGCUCUAUAACCUAUAUUAAGUAGGAACAAUAUGCAAAAAACUGUCUCCUAUUUAGUAGAAUAUGGAGCCUAUUUGUCACCUUAUGCACCAUUUACACAUGUGGAAUAACACUAAUCACACAUAUUAAGCAACGGUCACAUUCAUUAUUUGAAGCCUGGUGUAGCUGCACCUUAUUCAGCAAACUCCAGAAACUAAAAUCCUUCAGCUGGUGUUAGUUCUGGCUAACCUCCUUUCAAGGAGUUCCAAAGUGUGAAGAAGGAUCCAGUGGGAUCCCUCCACCCCCUCUGGCCCUUCAAUCACUCUGGUAGUGUACAUGCGUGAAUUCAGUUCAUACAUGUGCACUAACAUUGCCAGGUUGGACCACUAAUUAGUGGUGGAAACAGCUGUGGCAAGUAUUGUGGGUAUGUGAACUUUUCAGAGCCGCCGUCCCCACACAGAAGUACUGUAAUAUUGAAUUGCUCCGGUAUUUUAGUAUAUACCCCGCAGCACAAGGCUACUUGAAUACUUAAUUAUCAGGGGCCUCGAUAAUGAAUUGGCCCCUAAAUGUCUUGUUAGUGUUUAAUAAGCCGUGCAAUCCCAUCCUGUAUUGACAAUUGUCAUCAGAACAACACUGAUUGACCAUUGGUGGAUUUUUCUUCUACAAUAGCACAACCUAUUGUCGAGCUUUAAGUCUCUAUGUUUAAGCAUUGAUGUAAAGUAUUAAGUAAUUAGAAUUACCCAGAAGUAUAUUCUUCGGAAUAGGGAUAACAUAUGUUGAUUAAGUAGAAAUAUUGGAGGCCAUUGUACACAGUAGAUCUUAACAGAUGAAUAGCAUAAAUAUUAUACGUUGAGAUAAAAAUGAUAUGCCUGUAAAGUGCCAAAAUUUCAGUUAUGACCUUAUAAUAUACAAAGGGAUAAUGUAUUUUGCCAGGGGUAAAAAUAUUCACAGGUUAAUCUGUAUACAGAAUAUAAAAAGUGACAUCUGUAUUUUUAUAAGAACUUGAUCGAGAAGCUAAUACUUUUUAUUUUGCUAAAUUUUCAUAAUUACCAAAUAUUUAGCAACAUUACAUUGGGGUUUUUUUUUGCGAUGUGGGCAUCGUGCAGUUGAUAUAUUUCUGUGUAUUCUUCUAUUUGUGACAUGCUGGGAAACUGGUGCUCAAGACAAAGUUGUGCCAAGUUUUGAGGAAGGCCAAGAUCAUAUAUGAUUUACAUAUAUUUUAAUUCAUUUAUUUAGAUUUUUAGCAUAUAUUGUUCUUGUCACCUCUGCUUACUUACUAUAACAAUACUUAUGGAACAUAGCUGGUAGUUCAUUGGCCACAAGGCAAACAGUCCUUCACUGCCCUCCCAUUAUCUUCUCAACAAAUGCCUUUACACUUCUAAAACACUAUCAACCCAACUAGAUGAACGUUCAGUCAAUCAUUUCUCUUCCAGCCAUUAUUUCCUGUGAAUGAGUCCAGUGAAUAGUGCUGAUGUAUUGGAGACAGUGGAAUCCAGUAUACCUCUCGGAGGUACCUGAGAUAAAUAGUUCUGGCUAGUUUAACUCUUGAAUGUACUAGAGAUGCAUAGCUCAGUCCAGUAUAACUAGUGGAGGUACUGGGGAUACAUGGAUCUGCCCAAUAAGGCUUAUGAAUGACAAGUCUUGAUGAGCAGAUUUAUAUCCACCAUUGCUCACCUACCUCCUCUGUGCUGGGGUAUACAACAUGCUCAGGAGUGUUUAAUCACAGUAGCAUUUUAGAAAGGACACUAUUUAGCUUAUGUUUCUGCAUACUAGCUGGCCUACCUUUUGGACCCACUAAUGAAACAAUAUAUAGAUCCCAUGUACCCCAAGGUUAGGUACCCCUUAAUAAAUUUUAGCUUCUCCGUUAGCAAUUUAAGAUAACCACAGCUAUAUGAUUGAUAGACAGUCUAUAAUAACAAAUACGUUUGUGCAAUGGCAGGCAGCAACAUAAAUGGUAUACAUCAAUAAGCAUAGAACUAUAUUUCUUCCAUUUACUAUAAACCAGAUGUCAUGCACAUGAGCUACACAUAAUUAACAUUAUAAAACUAUAACCUGAAACAAUGGAUGAAUUUUAUCUAGAUGAACUACAUAGCUAAUUAGUAUAGUUGAAAAUUAUUCAUGCAACCUUUUUUUCUCUUGGAAGAUGAAUAAUUUGAAUAAAACAUUCAAAUAUUUACAUGAAACAAAGACUGAGACAGCAUAACACAUCAUGAAACCAUAAUCUGCAUUUUAGUUUGCUAUUUAGCUGCCUAAUCUACAGACUUCUAUCAUUUUAAUUUUAAAGAUGUUUUUAUUUAAUGAUGAACUCUGCAAAAGUGACUCCAGUUCACUAAACUAAAUUUACUUAAUAGUUUAAUAACCAUUAUUGGUUGGGUUGUACUACCUUGCACUUCCUUAAGACGUAUUGUAAGCUAUUAUUAUGCACAACUUACUUUUGCAAUGUUAAUAUGACUACAUAAAAUCAACUCUAAAUACAUAACACUGACAACACUAUGAGUAUGCAUUACUAAAGGUUGAUUUUUAUCUAUUUGAAAUCAAUGAAAAUUGAUGUUGUGUUUAAAGUGCUGAAAAACACAUUUAAUGGCAUUUAAAAAUCAAUAUAAAAUUUAGAUUGAUUUUAAAUAUACCUUUAGUAAAUAUACUCCUAUAUCUUUAUCGUACAUAUGCUAAAUUUGUGCAAUUUUACUAUUUACAGACAAUUCUGUGUAAAUUACUAAAGGGCCCUACACACUGGCCGAUUGCACUAAACGAUAUGAACGUUCUCAUUCAUUAGUGAAUGAGAACUCGUUCAUAUAGUUCAGUGUGGAGGCACCUACGAUGCGCGGCCCCGCGCACGUUCAUCGUUGGUGCCCCGUCGCUUGUGCAUGCAGGCCAAUAUGGACUAUCUUGUCCAUAUUUGCAUGCACUGCUAUGGAGCCUGGUGACGGGGGGAGUGAAUAAACUUCACUCCCCCCGUCACCUCCCGCCCCCGCCACCGGGUUGCCCAUCUGUCGUAUCGGCCAUUAGGCAGCUCGGCGUCGGUUCAACCAAUGUGUAGGGCCCUUUGUUAGUAAGAGGACACAAUGGAGAUCAGGUCAUACUUCCCAGUUAGCUGCCAAAAUUUUCUUAAUAGAAAAUGCUCUUAAAUGUAUCUUUUCACUUUUCAAUUACCAUUUACAGUAUUACCUUAUUUCUAUAAAGGUUCACAAACUGUUAUACAUUCCUUUGAUUUAUUUGGCAUUUAUACCAAGGUCUCCUACAGGGUCCAUAUCACAUAAGCAAAUUUCUUGAUUAUUGUUAUGUAUUCAAUUUAGAAUGUUUGACUUGCAUGUAUAAACACAAUUAUUGUCCCAUAGGUGUGCUAAUAUCCAAUAAUCUCAAGUUUAUUUCAUGUAUAUGCCUCAUCCUAUAGCUUAUAAACCAAUAUGACUCUUUAGGGGGUCAGAACUGUAAAACUUAUGCUGUAUAUCAUAACAUUGGAAUUUUUUUUUUCACCAAAGUGCACUAACACUAUAUACAUUAUAGAUAUACACCGUGUUGUUUUCAAGUAAAUAGAUAGUAACCCCAAUUGAUACAAAUGUAUGAGGGUGGUUCAAAAAGUAAGGUAACAAGACCUCCCACAUGUGUAAUGUUCUCUCUAAUUACCUGCCAUGCCGGAGCAGGUACAGUACACCACUGCUUCCCCUCACAGCCCUUAGACUGCACCUCGUAUCAGUCAUAGGGGCAUAUGUAAUAGGGUCCGAGUUUGCCAGAGAUGCGGGAUGCCAGACAAUCUUAGAGGAUUUUUUUAAAGUGGCCCUCAUUUACAAGUCAUGGUUUUGCCUGGUAAAUGAUUGCCGAUUUAAAAAAAAACACUGAGAUCAUCUAGCAUCCCGCAUUUCCGGCAAACUGUCACAACAUCAAUACAAACUUGUUGAGGCAUACGGUGACAAUACCAUGUCAUGGGAACAGUUUUGGGUUUGUCGCACUGCCUGUGGUGGAUGUGCUUGGCCAGCUGGAUCCCUGUACCUCAUGAAUGCCUGUCCUGCUGUUAUCAUAGGCAGUGCACCAACCCAAACCUAUUUCUGUGACAUGAUGUUAUCACCGUACACCUCGACAAGUUAGUGAUGAAUUCCAAAUCUGAUGCAGAAAUAUGAUCACACUAUGCACCUCAAUGUUUGACCAUGUCUCCACCAGCCUUAUACUUGAUGUUGGGACAGUGGUCUAUCUGCCCUGGCAGAAAAUUAGAAUGAAAUAAAGAACAUUACAGAAGUGUUAUCUUACUUAUUGAACCACCCUCGUACAUGAAAUGUACUGGUGUUCAAUUUUCUUCUUUACGUUUUCAUGGUAUGUUAUUACGGGUUAAAAUGGUAAAUUAGGGUUAUAAUUUUUAAAAGGCACAGGGCCUGACUCAGAGGGGUACGCACUGCCCAUGCCAGAUGCAGUGAAGCAUUUUUUUGCUCCUGCUCAUGCAUCUAGUCACAUGCACCCUGAUUGUGUCCAUGCAGAGUCGCAAUUCUUAUUUCUGGCACAUACAUGGAGAAUAUUGCAAAUAUAAUGGGAAUUCCUGUGUAGCAACAAGUAGGUGUCGAAGCGCAUGCACGGAUAUGGUCUUUCUUGUUAGGGGUGUUAUAAGAGGUUGCAGACAUGUUGAUGAGGCUCAACAACUCACUUUGAAGGCCAUACAUGGACAGAGAAGCCACCUACCAUUGGACUACUGCAUUUUACAUUGGUGCGACCAAUGGUGGCAUCUAAGGAUGGUGUGAGUAUAACUACAUGUAUGUAUGCUGACAGUGGGCACCUCAAUACUUGCACAUUAGGUAGCAUGGAUGUACACAAUGAAGGACUUUGUAGCAGCAUUUGUUUACAGUUACAGAAGGGCAACCACCAAUGGACACAGCUGGAGGCGCUUCUAUGUCCACCUCUGAAACAGGCCCAUGAACCUGUAUUUUUUCGUUCUUUAUCAUGUGGCUUAUGUUCAAGGCUACAUUAUUAACUACUUGACCCCAUUAGAGGAAACUUGUAAUGCUGAAUAAUAACUCUUUUGUAGGAAAGUCUAAUACUGUUACAAAUACAAUUUUUAUCCUAUACUACAGUAUAUUCCUGAGAUCGUCUAAAGCUUUGGUUGCCUUUUUUGAGAGCGUAAUGCUUGUGGAAGGCUAUAUGCCUUUAUAAACUUGUACCAAUACAAUUUCUCUGAUUUCUUUUGAUGAGGUAUUAUGAUCAGAAGAUCAGGGAACACCUGCAAUGUAAAAACUUUAGUUUCCCUAUCCCAUAAAAAAAAUAUUUUUGUCUUGUUUUGUGUUCUAUGUAAAUAGAAAAUUAAGUGUUAAAGAAUAUAUAAAGAUUGAUAUGGUUAUGGCUUUCACUUUUUUUUAUAUAAUGAUGAUAAAGAAAGCAUUGUGUACCGGUAAAUGUUGUUGUAGGUGUAAGUUCUGUGUUCCACGUGAAAUGUAAUAUUUUUUUGGUGUAAAAAGAGCAAUAUUCUGAAAUGCUGCUUUUUGUUUGGAAGCAAAUAUAAACGGAUUUAUUGAAUGAUGUGGCCCUAAAAUAGUUUUUCAAUAUGUUUAAAUUAACUGUGAAUUACAGUAUCCAUCAUCUAUUUGAUUUACUUACAAAACUUCAGACUGUAACCAAGUGCAUACUACGUACUUUCUAAUUCAUACCUUAUUGUUUUUUUUUAAUAUUUGUCUAUUUUUAAUGGUUUCCUAUAUUUUUUUUAAAUUACAUUUGAGUAAUAUUAAUAUGUAAAAUGCAUAGUUAUAUAAAAUGUUCAGUGCUCCUGUUGCCGAAAUAAAGUUGAGGCUGCCAUUUUGUAACUGUAGUUUACCAAUUCACUUCAUGUUUGCUUAUUAUUCCAAAAUGUUUGAGACUCCUGAUUUUCACUCAAAUUACCAAGAGUGUAGACUAGGCUUCCGGAUGCUGCCCACUUCCCCAGGUAAUUGGGCAGACCGAGGGCUAGAUGGUGAUAUUUAUGUCAUUGUGGCCAAAUUAUGUUAUUAAGCAGCUGGUAGGAGGGCUGUGAUGAUGCAUCAUGAAUCCUGAACCUAUUGGCUUAACUCUAACCCUCCAGGAUUGCGUGGAGUGAACAUGAAAAAAGUCAGUCACUUGGAAUAUGCAACAUCUCUGACAUACUUUGCUUAAAGUUACCUCCAAAAUGGCUGUCUCCACUCUGUAGAGGUGACAGAUUCACUUUAAUUUCCCAUAGGUGACAAUGAUUGAGAUUUAUCAAAGCCUGGAGAGAUAACGUAAACAAUCAUCUAAUAACUUUCAUUUUUCAAAAACAUCCUUUUAAAAUGACCAAAUGUGAUUGGAUGGUACUUUAUACCAUCCAAUCACAUGGUACUCCCCAAUAUUGUCUUUGUCUUCAAUGGCUGAUCUCACAGCUACGGCCACAAUUAGUUGCAGAUGACUUACUCCCUUUAGAGAUAUCCAAUAAAUGGGUGAGACCAACAUGUGUGUUCAGUACACUGACAAGUUAUUGGCUCAUUUGGACAUACUGAUCAUAAAUAAAAUGUUUGAUAGCAAAUACCCAUCAGAAGCUAUGCUCAGGACAUUAUAUUUUGCUGUGUCUCUCUUCUUCUGAACCACUUUUAUUUCAGAGGUAUGUUCAUACUGUACUAAUAAAUGUAUAUAUCACAAAAAAAUCUCAGAGUGAAUCUGAUGUUUCAUGAUACCUUCUGUUGUGUCACAUAGUAAAAAAACAUGAAGCAACAUUUUUGUAAGCAUGAACAACACGAACAUUACAAAGUGCACUAUGCAUCCGGUGACACUAAGAGGCGGAGACAUUUCAUUGUCUAGUGGUAUGUGACAGAAAUGCUGUACAGGAAGACAUUUCUGCCCUCAUAUUUGUUUAAAAUGUAAUUGUAAUUUGUAACAUAUUUGCCUGCCAGCAUUGUGAUAACUUGAGCCUGCAGUCUAGGACAAAGUUUUUCCACAAAAGUAGCCUAUUUACAAUGGAAGAAAAUCCAAACAGGAAAAUCACUUAUUCAAAAACUAGUGGCAUCUUGACCCUACUGAUGUCCGCUAUUUUUGAAUCUGUCAUGAAAGUUUUGUGUGUUAAAAACAGAUUUUAAUUUAAAUUUAUAGGACAAUUCUAUGAUAUUGUUUGAUCUUUAACUUCUGUUGUCUAUAAUAUAAAGUCUAAAAUUCACUAAGAAAAAGUUUACAUAUGUAAGAAAUUACAGCCUACAUGGGAGUUUAUUUAUCCAUGACAGUCACUUGUGACUAUAACAAAGAUAUGGCAGCAUGCAAUGAGCCAGAUGUGGAUAUUUCCACUUUAAAAAGCCUAGAUAUACUGUUUCCACAGUAAAUUUUGAGCUUUUGUUUGUUUUUGGAAGGCAACACAUUUCUUGAUGGGACAUGUAGCAUAAUAUAUUGAUGUCAACCUAAGGGUGUGUACACACGGUGAGAUCCUUGCUAUGCCCGAUUUUCACUUGCCAUUUCCCUUGAACUCCCCAGAGCCAAGAUAGCACAGAUUUUGACUAACUUUUCUUGAGAUAUGGACUAUGUGUGCUUACGAUUUUGGCUUAUGUGAAAUUCUGCCUUAUGUGAGAUGUCAUUGACAUGUGAGAUGAACUAGAUAGUACACCGAUCUAGCAAGGAUUGACUUGCCUGCACAGUCUAUCUUUUCCUGCGAUGCCGACCUGGCGGGACCGCGCAUCGGGAUCGAAUCAGAAUCGCAAGGUGACUUUCACCUUGCGAUCUGCACUAACUUUUCUUCCGAUUCUGACUAUAUAGUCAGAAUCUGAAGAAAAUAUCUCACCGUGUGUACACACCCUAAGUCUUCUUUGAUUGAUUGAUUGAUUGAUUGAUUGAUUGCAUUAUUAAAGCCAUUUUGUAAAUUAAAGGCUAUACAAUUAGCUAACCGCACAGUCCUUUGCAAGGGUUGGGUAGGCGAUCCCGACGCUCGGAAUCCCGGCGGUCAUAAUACUGAAUACCUAUGCCGUGAUCCCGACCAACCGAAUGCCGGCAGGUAGGGGGGGGGGGCAAGCACAAUGAAGCCCCUUGCGGGCUCGUUCUGUUCCAACUCAAUGAGUGUCGUGGACACCCAAGAGUGGGAAUAGCUGUGGAGGUGCUGCCGGCAUUCUGACGGUCGGGAUCCCGGCGUUGGUAUUCUGACCGGCGGGAUCUUGAUUACAUCCCCUUUGCAACUACCACCCAUUUAUCCAUUUAAAGCCCCGGUCCGUUCUUACGAGCUGAUGCACUACUUUUCAUUUUAAUAUGUAACUGAGGGAAAAAGCAGAGCUCAGUUAUUAAUAAGCAGAGACAACACAGACUUGCUAUAACUGCUUAAUACAGCCAUAGAACAUGUUACCGCUACUCCACUACAAACAUACAGUAAGUAAUGAAAAUUUUUAAUAAUACUUUAAAAAUUAUAAAUUAAUACUAUCUAUAUCCAUUAAUUCCAAAAAAUAAAGUUUUUGCCUUCCUGUGACAGUAGCCAAAAGGAAGACUGCAGUGAAUCUCGUUAAACAAGCUUCCUAUGCAUUGCAUGUGGAAGCCUUUGCUGGAAAUAGGACAAUAUAAGUCUUUGAUACAUACAGUACUGUAAGUGAGAUGCCCUAUUUCCUUCCAAAAUGUCCUUAAUCACCCGAGAGAGGGUUUUUCUCCACAUAACAAAUAGACCAGUCCAGUCACAUUGUAAAUAUGUGCAAAUUUUACACAGAAUCACAGCAAUUAGCCUAGUGUAAUUUAGACAGUAACUUCAAGUGUUUGAUUGGUUGCCAUGGGUUACUGUUUAUUUUGCACAGAAAUUAAAUUUUAGUAAAUUAAUCAUAAAUGUUUGAUUGGUUAAUUAUCCUAGAAUUAUCCUGGUCCACCUAUCCACAAAUUCAAUUUUGUUUUUAGGUAUUGAAUGUUUUGAUUUCAGUGCUUUUACUGUAGUAUACACCAAAAUUGGCGUUACAUAUGUAUUUUAGGUUGUACUUUUUCUCAAAAUUUAUUGGAAUUUAAUUGUAAAGUCUAUCAUUUAAAUCUGAUCCUAAUUAUGAGUCACACAUAAAUUCAUAUGCAUUCUCAUCUAGGGAGUUUUAUCAAACUGAAUGUGUCAUAGCGACCCUACAUAUCUUUGCCUAUCUUUGAGGGAUUCUGAGAUGGGUGGAUUGCAGUUAUUUGUCUCUAUCCAGGAAAUGGGCAUUACUGGGUGUCAACUGUAUGUUCACAUGUAAGAAAACCAUUUUGUGGACGUGUAGUGGGUGACAGAUCGCAAUACAUUUAAGAGGAGCAGAUCAAUGUAAGGGGUUGCUGGGUGCAGCUGCCGUCUAGGGUUUCCAUGGUUUGUAGUCUCUGGAUGGAGAAAAUCCCCUUCCUGGCUGCUCCACCUGCUCCUUUCCUACAGCCCAUCUCCACCCGCCUCCUGAGCCCUCCUUCCCCAAGUACCUAGCUCAGACCCCUACAGUAUGUAGCAUGUUACUCUGGACUGGCCCCUCCUCCGGGACCAGCCCUACGCUCACUUCUCAUCACCCACUUCAUAUUUUUCUUCCUCCCCUAUUUUUCCUCAGCUCCCCCAUCGUCCCUUCUUUCUGCCCACCUUCAAAGCAAAAGCCCCCCUUCAUUUGCUGCACCAUGUGGUGUAAGUGCCAAUAAAAAUGAGAUUACAGCUGCUCAAGUGGAUGGAGGGCUGUGGGCAGUGCAGUUGCAGAGAUCUGUACAACUCAGAAUAAAGGAUGCUGACGAUAGACUUCUAAAAAUAGACAGUGAACAGAAGUUUAGCAGAGUUGCCGUGAAUCAGGCUUUCUGUGCACAUUAGCUAUAUAUUAUACCAACACCCGAGCAACUAUUUAGUUAUUAAAAACCUAACAGUACUCUUAAAUCAUAGUUUAAAGGGAUUUAGUAGUUCUAAAUUUGUCCUAAAGUUGCAUGGUUGAUGCUGGUGUUCAUAAAUCAUUUGUGAGAUAGUCAUUAUGAUCUAGAAUAAAUGUUGGGCUAUGAAGGGUCCAGGGAUGAUGAGCAGUAGCAGUCUACUCUUUCUCCCUGCCCGAUAUGCCACCGCGGCAGCGUUGCUAUUCAACAACCAGUGUUAAUGGAUAGGUAAGUAGUAUGGGGGGGGGGGGGGAUUGCACUUAACCCUACCUCCCCAGGUAUGCCACUGGCAUGUUCUAUUACUAGUCUUUAAUCUGUUUGAAAAAUUCUUCCUUUUUAUGAUGGUUUAUUUCCUUAUUGGCAUCAAAAGUGCCUGUGUUUCUGAGGGUUAUUGAUACCAUAGUGCAAGUAACAUGUAGAAUAUAAGGUGCCAUAGCAACUAGGGAUGCUGAAAUGUUACUGAUUACCCAUGUCCAGGCUUGUUGAUGUGGCCCUGGUCAGCUGCUGAGAGGGACAUUAGUAUUUCCUCUUUUCUUGAGGGUGCAUGGUCAUGCCACCCAGAUUUGGCCAUGUCCCCCCCCCCCCCCCCACCCAAAGUACCUGGGCUACAGUCAGUCGAGGGCCUUGAUAACAAUGAAACAAUCAGCCAAAUGUUUGUCACUUCUUUUGCGGUUUUGGAUGCUGAAUUUAAAGGGGCAAUAAAAUCUACAAACAGUCCUGAUGUUUUAAUUUAACAUUGCUGACUCCAAUACAGCAGGUCAAACUGCUGAAGAUGCCACAGUUUUGAAAAUCACUGCUUGGUAAAUUUACUCCUUGAUCUUUCAAUAGAAAGUAAAUGCCUGCUUAGAUACUAUGGGUAUAAGCACGUGUACUAUUUUCUUUAUGAUUCUAUAUAUGAAUUAUGUAUUUACAGUAUCUGUCAAUCGGUUCAUAAAUUUAGAAUUCCUGACAUAUCUCUAUAUAGUUCUAGGUGCCAGUGAAUCUUUAAGCAAUUAAAAACACAAUGACUGACAUCAGUACAGUAUAUCUUUAGGCAGAGAAAACUAGAAAGUUUUACCUGUACUGCAUUUCUAAUAAUAUAUGAUAGAAAAAGAGGUGGCUAAGAUUGAUGAAUUUACUAUAUGGUGUUGCAUUGACCAAUCAACCUCCCUGAGCUGUUUUUUUCUCCAGUGUUUCUAUAAGUUCCCAGUUCCAUUAUCCCAAUUUUCUCGUUGUCCAAUGUAUUUAAAAAUAUUUCAAAAAUUGCACAUAUUUGUGAACUCUUUUUUCAAUAAACAGCACUGCAAUCUU